CAUUUUAUAAAACCACAACGACUAUCUGAACCGUUUCCGUUUAGACUGACUGACAAUUAGCACACCCGCUAGCUAGCUAGCAGGUAUGAGUGUAUUUGUAAACAAUGAGUGAACAUGAUGAUACGAAGCGAAACCUGCUGAGUUAGACCGAAAACUCCCUCUAAAAACGGAUAAUCCUGAACCCUCAGGGCUGUAACAGCGAAGAAAGCGGGGAGACGAAGCUGUUUCCACCGAUUAUGUGGAGUGUUUGGUAAAAGUCUACAUCGGUUUGCUAACUGAAAUUACGACAUUUUAAAGCUAAUCCGUAAAUAUGUAAACAAUGUAAACAGAAUAUGGUCCACAAAGUUAAUAUGCUAACGAAGAGACAGGUGGCCAGGAAAAGCUCUCAAUGUUCUCUGCACCUGUAGAGCAGAUCACAGGUAAACGGCACACCUGGCAGCUAAACCAGCAAAAUGAUGACAUCACAUGUCUGAUCUGUUCAAAUAGCACAAGCUUUCCUUAAGUCGCUUUCUGGAGCAGCAGGAUGUCCGGAAAACUCGGUAACCCUCUGAAGGCCGGUGACCUGGUGUUCGCCAAGAUGAAAGGCUUUCCUCACUGGCCGGCUCGGGUCUGUAAAUCAGAGAACGGCUACCGGAAGCGAGUACCGGUCUACUUUUUCGGGACCCAUCAGAUAGGCUCCGUCACGCCGGAGAACGUCGCUCCGUACGUCGGCAACAAGCUGAAGUACGGCAGCGGCGUCCGCAUCAAAGGCUUCGCUGAGGGGAUGUGGGAGAUCCAGAACACGCCCGGCCUCGGCAGCAAACUCAAGGUUCAACCAAAGAUCUGCACUAAAAAAACACCAGCAAAACCAGCUUCUUCUUCUACUACACUCUCCAGAUCUACUCCUGCAACCUCCAGAAAAACUCCUGCAGCUAAAACUCCUGAUGGAAAACCUAAAGGAGCUUCUGCUCCCACUAAGUCUGAGUGCAACACUAAACCUGCUUCAAGCAGAAGCACCCCGAGUCGAGCUUUGGGUGAGAAAGAAAGUUCAGAGAGAUCCACAAGAACGUCGUUUCGAUUGGCUCCAGAUAAAACAACCCAGACCAAACCAGAUCUGGACGCUCCAGAUCGUCCUGCAGCGACAAGAUUCUCUUCCAGAUUUACUCCUGAUCAACCUGUAGAAACAAAGCAAGAUAAAGAAACACUAGACUGUACCACAGCUACAAGAUCCUCGUCUAGAUUAGUUCAAUCUGUAGAACCAAAACUAGAUAAAAAAACUCAUGUGGAGGCUAUAAGAACCUCGUCUAGAUUGUCUUCAGAUGAAAACAUGAACUCUGCACUGGGCAAAGAGUCUGCAGAACCUCCUGCAGCUGCAGGCGGGUUGUCUAAGUCCGAUCCAGAUGACUUCACACAGUUUACAGAGUCUGCAGAGCGUAGAGAGGUUAGAUUAGAGUUAACCAGGUUAUCUUCUACAGAGUCCAGUCAGGGUGAAGACUCUGCAGAUCAGACUGCAUCCAGGUUAGCUCCAGAUAAACCAACAGACUCCAAACUGGAAAAAGAAACCGGAGAAGAAGAUACCACAGAGUCCAAACAGGUUAAAGAACCAGCAGAGCAGCCGGCUGCUACUAGAACCUUAUCCAGAUUAGCGCCAGAGAAACCAAAAGGGCCAAAGCCGGAUCAGGAAGCAGGAAAGGUCGCUGCGGCGACGAGAAGCAGGAGGUCGGCGAGCGGUGGGUCACGGGCAGAACGAUCGUCCGAAAAGGAAACUCCAGCUCAGACUAAAGGAGAGGUGAGAUCAGGAAGAGCUUCUUCUGCCUCUGAUGGAAAACCUGCAGCAGGAUCGACAGGAAGUAAACCUCAGGCCACGAAGGAAACGGCGAGCAGCGGCGCGCAGGAAGCUGCUGCAGGACGAGUUUCCACCCGGAGCAGAGCGACAGAAUUAAAGCUCAGUGACAUUCCCGACUUACCGCCUUCCAGGAAGAGGAGAAAAGAUGCAGGAAAGGUAAAGACCCAGGAGGCCAAGAGGAAGAAAGAGGAGAAGGAUGAGAAACUGAGUCCGAGCAGCGAGGACAGGAUGAAAGAUCAGACUGAGAGUAGAGCGUCGAAAAGAAAGAUGGAGGAGGAGAAAACCGAGGAAGGAAGAGAGAAAGUAAAGAUGAGGAGGAGCAAGAAAGACAAGGAGGCAGGAGAGAAAGAAAUGAAGAGAAUGAAGAUGAGAAGAGAAGAAAACUCUGAGGGAAUAAAUAAGAGGAAGGCAGACGAAGAGACAAAAACAUCUGAGAAAACUAAUGAGACCCAAAAGGACGAAGCAGAGGAGAUAAACGAGAAACACAAAGACAAAAGAGAAGAAAUGAAGGUCAGGAGGACGGAGGGAGAGAGGGAUUCAUCUGAGGAGACAAAGAGAGGAGAGAAAGACGAGGACAAAACAGAGGGAAUAAAAACGAAAAAAGUUCAAAAAGAAGAGGAGAAAACUGAAGCAACAAAGGGAAAUGAGGAGGAAGAGAAACAUCAAGAAAACCUGGAAGCAAAGAAGACGAGGAGCGAGGAGGAAGAAAUGGAGGGAAAGAUGAGCAAGAAAAGCAAGAAAGAAGAGGAGAAAACGGAGAACAAAACCAGAAAAGCUGAGAAACCCAAAGAGAAAACAGAAGAAAGAGGAGAAGGAACGAAGGUCAGGAGAGCAGAGAAAGAGAGAAAAGAGGAGGAGGAGGAACAAGUGAAGACCAGGAGAGGUGAGAGUAAAGAACAGAAGGAUGACAAGAAAACCAAAGAGAGAAGGAAAAGAAAGAAAGAAGAAAAAGAUAAACCAGAACAAAGCUUAGAGAAAACGAGAGAAAUGAAGCAGAAGACGACAAAAGAUACUGAUGGAGAGAAAGAUGUGAGGGAGGAGAGGAGGAGAGAGGAGAAAAAGAAGAAGGUACAGAAGAAAAGAAAACAGAAGAGCAUGGGAGAGGAGGAAGAAAAGAGAGGACUGCAGUCUGCAAGACGAGAGGAAGAGGAGGAGGCGAAGAAGAGAAAGGAUGGAGAUGAAGAGACGGCAGAGGAGAAGGAAGACGAGAGGCAGGAGCAGCUGGCGGCGCGGAGGGAGAGUCUGAUCGAGUCGCUGAGAGACCUGCUGAAGACGAAGGAGAUGACGAAGAGCUCCCAGGACGGAGGAAAGACUGCAGACAGGAAGACACCGCCCAAAGGUGGAGCGGAAAGACGGAAAGGAGAGAAGACGGACAGAGGAGGGAAAUCGUCCACCAGAAAGUCAACGAGCGAGACGAAAGGAGAGAGAGCGUCCAACCAAAGGACAAGUUCAGACAUGAAGACGGACGGACAGAAGGAAGAGAAGACAAAUGAAAGCACCAGAAGAGACAAGAUGGCCACCAGGAAGUCCACAGCUGAGAGGAAGAAGACAAGUAAACGAGUGGAGAAGGAUUCAAGGCAAAAGACGACGGUGGAGACGAAGGGGAGUGAAGACGGGACGGAGAGAGGAACCAGGAAAACCACAGAGGACAAGACUGGUGGGAAGGAGGAAAAGAUGUCUACUGGAGGGUCAGCUGUGGAAGUGAAGAAAGAUGGACAGAAGGUAGAAAAGGAUGAAAGGGAAGAGAAGACCAAGAGCAAAGAAGAAGACGAGACGAAGCAGCAGAAAGACGAGAGGAAGAUAAUCGGAAAGAUCGUUAAAGCCAAUCAGGGAACAAAGAUCCAUGUGAAGACCAUGAUGGGAGGACUGACCAAAGGAUCUGGAGAGGAGGAGGUGAAGAAGAAGAAGAAAGAGGAGGAUGGAGGGAGAAAGGAGGAGGUGAAAAAGACUUUAGAGAUGGAAAAAGAAGAAAAAACAGAGAAGGCAGCCAAGAAGUUUGAUGCUAAAAACUCAGAAACGGAGGAGAAAAAAGCAAAAAAGGAAGAGCAGAAGAAAAGCGAAGCUGAAGAAAAGGUGACAAGAAAAAAGGAAGAGCAGAAAAACCCGGAAUGCAGGAAGGAAACAGAGGGGAUGAGAUUAACACGGGAACAGAGGAAGAAACGUGAUGGUGAGUCUCAGGAAAAGAAAAAAGAGAGAACGAGAUCGCGGCGACUGGAGGAGAGUAAACCGCAGAAGAAGAACAAGGAAGAGAAGAAGAGUGGGACCGACCGAGCGCAGGCUGCGGCUGAAGGUUUACGGAUUGAAUCUGCUGCCAAAGACGUGGCGCCAGCGGAAAAGGAGGCCACUGAAAGAGAGAGUCCGACCGGGAUGGAUCAGAAGAACUCCAGUUCCACGCUGACGGACUCGACUCUGCACCGGAUCAACGGAGACCUUCGCAUCUCUCUGAAGACGGACAAACCUGACAUCAGGAAGUGUCUGUCGGCGUUGGACCAGCUCAACAUGCUGUAUGUGACGUCUGAACACGUCCAGAGGCACAGCGAGCUCAUCGCCACGCUCAGGAAGAUGCGGUACUACCGGGCCAACCAGGCCAUCAUGGACAAGGCCUCCAUGCUCUACAACCGCUUCAAGAAUGCCUUCCUGGCGGGCGACGGCGAGGAGGUGGUGAGCGCCGCCUUCCUGCGCUCGCUGCUGCAGGAGAAGGAGGAGACGCAGCUGAUGAGGGAGAAGGAGGAGGCGAGCGAAGGAGAGGUGGAGAAGCUGGAAGCAAAAGUGGAUUCCUCCUGAGACCCGGACCGGACCGGACCGGACCGGCUCUGAUCCCGUCACAGCAGCUGCUGUAGUUACUGCUGGACGUCCUGCUGUAUUUUAUGUCCCAGUGGAAACUGUAACGCCUCCAUGUGUCACGUCUCCCACUUUGUUUCUGAUUUAAUCUUUAAUUUCAGUCAGCAGCAUUAAUACUGAUUUAAACUUUUAGAGUCUUUUUAAUUAAACUUUAACUAAAACACUGAGUAACUUGUGCUAAUUUUUACUUCCUGUGUAAAGUUCCUAAUCUCACACUUGAACUCCUCUGGUGCAUUUGGCCCGUCUUGCCCUCAGAGAAGGGGCUGAUGGGAAACGUAGUUGUUCUUUGAUUUUAUUUAAAUGUGUGAAUGAGACAUAAAGCAUUAAACCCGGGCAGGAUGUUGUAAACCCGACAGAACGGUGCUGCAGAGACAAGUCUGUGUUGUUUUUGUAAAAAUCUGGACUUUCUUUUUCUUUUAUUUUUUAAAGUUGCUGCUUCUUCAGGUGUUUUUAUUUGUGUUUGUUAGUUUUCAGUAACCUGUCUGUGACCGACUGCUGCUGCUGUCUUGUAAAUCUGUAUUUUUCUGAUGUUUUUCCACAAACUUGAUUGAAUUAAAAUCCUAAUCAGUGCCUGGUU